AGAGAGAGAGAGAUCAUGAAGCACAGCAUGCAAGGCUCAAGGGACUCGUACGCGCCACAAGUGCACAGCUUGUACCCGCACCCUCAGCCCAGGGUGUAUCCACCACCACCGAAUCCGCAGGGCUACCAGACAUACCUGGGUGAAGACAACUCUUCUUACGGCUGGUCGGAGCAGCAGACAGCUCCGUCUCAAGGGCCUUUCCUCUACGGUUACCAGGAUGAUGCCGACUGCGUCACCUUCCUCAGAGGAUGUUUUGCUGGGCUGUGCUGCUGCUGCUUGCUGGGGCAGUGCUGCCUCUGAUGUUGGUCAAGAGGCCGAGCAAGCCAUCCUUCGCUAGCUGCUCCUCUGAUGUGCUGUUGGUAACCUAUGCAUGUAAGCCGAUCCAAUCCGCAUGUCAAGUGAUGAAGCAGCUGACGAUGAUCGAACCAGUUGCUCUGUUGUCAGCACUCUGAAAUUAACUUGUUCAGAACCGCAAGCCAAUAAUAAGUUGCAGAAAACACGAUUCUGUAUCCACGCCAC